UGGAUAUUGAAACUGCGGACAUCUGGCGGCGCGGAGUUACUCGUGAGGAUGUCGUUGUCAAAGUAUAUUUCCCCUCCCUUGACUUCCCUCCCACUGUGCUUACCCCGUUAUUAUGGCGGUGUAAUUCUAGUGGGUGUAAGCGCAUUUGGGUUAAACAUGUACUUCGCCCGCCGAGUUAUACAAGCUCGCAAAGAACACAGCGUUGAGUUGCCUAUAAUGUACCACCCUACAGACAAAGUAUUUAACUGCAUCCAAAGAGGUCAUCAAAACUAUCUAGAGGUUCUCCCCUUUUUCCUCAUGGCCUUGUUUGUGGGUGGUUUGCGUUACCCUCGGACGUAUACUGCGUGUGGUGUAGUAUUUCUUCUUGGUCGCCUAUUAUAUUUUCAGGGAUAUGCAACCGGAGAUCCAGCAAAGCGUUAUAAAGGUGUUAUUUCCAUGGCCGGUGGAUUCCCAAUGAUUAUGGGGUUGCUAGUUUUCGGUGUUCAACACUUGGUAGCGAGUAUAAGAUGUACGGGUUGUGCAUUGCGUAGUUGAAGGAAGUUGGAUCAUAUGUAACGGCAUUCAUAAAUAUUUAGUAGACAACUAUUUUUAUCAUUGUCACGCAUGCAUUUAGAAUAAAACUAUUUCACAAAA